AUGACACUCUUGAGUCAGUUUUUUUUUGCUCGUUAUAUAAAGCUUAUUUUUGUCCUCAGAGCACAUUUUGUCUAUCAUCGAUAUUACAUGGGAAACAGAAGUAGCAACAAAAAUGAAUCAUCUUCCUAUGCUGAAGUUGAAAUAGCUGGAAGCAAUGGAGGUAACAACUGUUGCGAUUCAAAAGGAAAACGAAUGGCUCGUGGAGCGUUCAUGGCAAUUAAUCCAGCAGGAGCAUUAAUUGCAAGAGCAAUUCGAUCGUCGAAGAAUUCCAAUCAGAGUAACACUACCCGUUGA